GGCUACCCUCUUGCGGUAACUUUAUUUCACAGCAGUGUAUUAAUUUUAUAUAAUUGCUUUUAUUUGCCCUCGCAGUGCUUGUGUAAAAAUGUCUAUCGCCUUUCAAGUCGUGUAUGUCGCUCCAAGAGUAAAAAACAAGUUCAAACCAAGUGUAAUUAUUACCCAUAUCUAAUGUAUGGACGGACGCAACAAUAUUAUGGUCGGAAUUAAACACGCGUAGUGCGCAUUUUUCACUGAAUAACAGGCAUCGUUUGAUGCAUUUCAUUCUGUGUCUGAGGUAAUGUAGCUCGGCAACGACUGCGAUAUUUACCGGCUUGUUGCGCCAAUGUUUUAAUGUCACAGUUAGACCCAGACCAAAAAUAACACCCUUAACAUUGAAGCAAUACGUGCAAAUGCAACAACGGAAACGCGACAACAACAAACAUAACAAUUACAGUUUUUAAGAUUUUGCUUUUAGAGCUUUGUGUGAAUUAAAAUUUGUGAUUCCUUCUUUACAGUAAAAAUCAAAAUAUUUGUGCUUAGCGAACUAAUCGGUCUCUGUACUGCUGCACUCUUAUAUUUUGUUUCCAAUGUAUUUCGAGCUCUUGGCCCAGUGCGUGUAAAAUGACUCGUAGGCCAAACAGAAGUGAACAUAGUAAUAUUAAGUUUAAGCAACUGUUCCAAAUAAAAACAACAAAAUGCGUAAAUAAUUGUAGCAGAGACUAUCACAGCUUUAGUUAUGUGAUCAUUUUUUUCAUUUGCUGUUGCAUCUCAAACAGCUUGCAGUAUAAAAAUGUGCACGGACAACCGGUCUCUUCCUCGAUGGUGUCCACGUCUACCAUGACUCAACAGUUUAUCAACACACCAGCCACGUUGUUGUUCACUACACGGCACGACAUUCAAGUGGCCAAUAUAACGAAGCCAACAGGUGGCCCACAGAUCGAUGUAAUUGUCAAGGAUUUGGCUGAGGCGAUGGCCAUCGACUUUUACUAUGCCAAGAAUCUGGUAUGCUGGACAGACUGCGGGCGUGAAAUUAUAGAAUGUGCUCAAACAAAUUCUUCGCUGCCGCUGUCCAAGGCUCCCAAGCAAACUGUGAUAUCGACGGGUCUAGACAAGCCGGAAGGUCUGGCCAUCGAUUGGUAUACGGACAAGAUCUACUGGACGGAUGGCGAAAAAAAUCGCAUUGAAGUAGCUACAAUUGACGGCCGUUACCAGAAGGUACUUUUCUGGACGGAAUUGGAUCAGCCACGUGCUAUAGCUGUAGUACCCGCAAAACGGCUACUUAUAUGGACGGAUUGGGGCGAGUAUCCGAAGAUUGAGCGUGCUGGAAUGGAUGGAGAUCCACUAACACGCAUGACGCUGGUAAAAGAAAAUGUGUUCUGGCCAAACGGGCUGGCUGUUGAUUUACAAAGUGAGCUCAUUUACUGGACGGACGGCAAGUAUCGGUUCAUUGACGUUAUGAAGCUUGACGGGAGCAAUCGUCGCACCAUUGUCAACAACCUGAAGUACCCAUUUAGUUUAACCUACUUCGAAAACCGCCUAUACUGGACAGACUGGUUACGGGGCUCUCUGAAUGCGUUAGACCUGCAAACUAAGGAGUUAAAGGAGCUUAUUGAUACGCCGAAGGCACCGAACUCAGUACGUGCCUGGUCGGAGUCCCUACAACCAUUUGAAAAUAAUCCAUGUUCUUACAAUAAUGGUAACUGUUCGCAUCUGUGUCUACUUGCGACUAAUACGCAAGGUUACAGCUGCGCAUGUCCAACGGGCGUAAAGCUGCUAACUUCUAAUAGUUGCGCAAAUGGCUCGCAGGAAAUGCUGUUCAUAGUGCAACGCACGCAAAUUAGCAAAAUUUCUCUUGAUUCACCGGAUUACACCAUUUUUCCACUGCCGCUAGGCAAAGUCAAGUAUGCCAUUGCUAUUGAUUAUGAUCCCGUAGAUGAGCAUAUUUACUGGUCUGAUGUAGAGGCUUAUACAAUUAAGCGUUCUCAUGUAGAUGGUAGCAAUAUUACUGACUUUGUCACCUCCGAGGUGCGACAUCCGGAUGGCCUGGCCUUAGAUUGGCUGGCACGUAAUCUCUACUGGACGGAUACAGUGACCGAUCGUAUUGAGGUAUGUCGCUUGGAUGGCUCUGCGCGUAAAGUGCUUAUCUACGAGCAUCUAGAAGAACCCCGCGCCAUUGCAGUGGCACCCUCGCUUGGCUGGAUGUUUUGGAGUGAUUGGAAUGAGCGCAAGCCUAAGGUGGAGCGUGCUUCUCUCGAUGGAUCCGAACGCGUUGUGCUUGUUUCCGAGAAUCUAGGUUGGCCCAAUGGAAUUGCCCUGGACAUUGAGCACAAAACGAUUUACUGGUGCGAUGGAAAAACCGACAAAAUUGAGGUAGCCAACAUGGAUGGAUCGGAUAGACGAGUGGUAAUCAGUGAAAAUCUUAAGCACCUGUUUGGAUUGAGUAUCUUGGACGAUUAUCUUUACUGGACAGAUUGGCAACGCCGCUCCAUUGAUCGGGCCCAUAAAAUCACAGGCAACAAUCGUAUUGUUGUCGUUGAUCAAUACCCCGAUCUAAUGGGCUUAAAGGUAACUCGACUGCGUGAAGUAAGUGGCCAAAAUGCGUGUGCUGAACGUAACGGUGGCUGCUCUCAUCUGUGCCUGAAUCGUCCACGGGAUUACGUUUGCCGUUGUGCUAUCGAUUACGAACUAUCUAAUGACAAACGUACAUGUGUGUUGCCAGACGCUUUUUUAUUGUUCUCUCGCCAGGAGCACAUUGGUCGGAUAUCCAUUGACUACAAUGAGGGCAAUCAUAACGAUGAGCGUAUUCCCUUUAAGGAUGUGCGUGAUGCACAUGCUCUAGACGUGUCUGUCGCUGAGAGGCGCAUCUACUGGACGGAUCAGAAGAGCAAAUGCAUAUAUCGUGCAUUUCUUAACGGCUCUUAUGUGCAACGCAUUGUAGAUUCAGGUCUAGUUGGACCUGAUGGCAUUGCGGUUGAUUGGCUUGGGCAAAACAUCUACUGGUCGGACGCUGAGGCCCGGCGCAUUGAAGUGGCUCGUCUCGAUGGAAGCAGUCGCCGGGUGCUGCUUUGGAAAGGUGUGGAAGAGCCCCGUUCUCUUGUACUAGAACCUCGACGCGGCUACAUGUACUGGACCGAAUCACCAUCCGAUUCUAUUCGUCGCGCAACUAUGGAUGGUAACGAACUGCAAACAAUUAUAGCGGGUGCUAAUCAUGCCGCUGGUUUGACCUUUGACCAGGGGACUAGACGUCUCUACUGGGCAACGCAAUCGCGACCGGCGAAGAUUGAGUGCGCCGAUUGGGAUGGAAAACGGCGACAGAUCUUAGUGAACAGCGACAUUGAUGAACCUUAUGCUGUUUCCCUAUAUCAAGACUAUUUUUAUUGGAGUGACUGGAAUACCGGGGAUAUUGAGCGCGUGCACAAAGUUACUGGACAAAAUCGUAGUCUUGUACACACUGGAAUGACAUACAUAACAUCGUUGCUGGUGUUUAACGAGCAGCGACAAACUGGAGUUAAUCCAUGCAUGGUUAACAACGGCGGCUGUUCGCAUUUGUGCCUUGCUCAGCCUAGUAGACGUGGGAUGAUCUGCGCUUGCCCCACUCACUAUCAGCUUGCGAAGGAUGGCGUGUCUUGCAUUCCCCCUCGGAACUACAUCAUAUUUAGCCAGCGCAAUAGCUUUGGCCGCUUGCUUCCCAAUACAACGGAUUGUCCCAAUGUGCCAUUGCCAGUGUCAGGCAAGAAUAUACGAGCUGUUGAUUAUGAUCCCAUCACGCAUCACAUAUACUGGAUCGAAGGACGUAGUCACAGCAUCAAAAGGUCUCUAGCAAACGGUACCAAGACAGCUGUGCUGGUCAACACUGGCCAACCAUUUGACAUUGCCAUUGACAUUAUUGGUCGUUUACUCUUCUGGACGUGCUCUUACUCCAACAGUAUCAACGUAACUAGUUUCCAAGGGGAAUCGAUUGGUGUAAUUGAUACCGGCGAUUCAGAAAAGCCGCGCAACAUUGUCGUCCAUGCUAUGAAGCGUUUGAUCUUCUGGUCGGAUGUGGGCAGUCAUCAAGCUAUUAUAAGGGCUCGUGUCGAUGGCAAUGAGCGCAUGGAACUAGCUUAUAAACUAGAGGGUGUUACGACACUUGCCUUAGAUCAGCAGUCGGAUAUGCUUUAUUAUGCACACGGAAAGCGAAUUGAUGCAAUGGAUAUCAAUGGCAAGAACAUAAAAACGCUGGUGUCGAUGCACAUCUCACAGGUUAUCAAUAUUGCGGCGCUGGGUGGCUUUGUCUAUUGGCUGGAUGACAAGACUGGAGUAGAGCGCAUCACAGUCACGGGGGAACGCCGGUCGGCGGAACUUCAACGACUGGCGCAGAUAACGGACAUUCGUGCCGUGUGGACGCCGGAUGCAAAACUGCUCCGCAAUCACACCUGCUUGCAUAGUCAGACCAAGUGCUCACACAUUUGCAUAGCAGCUGGCGAUGAAGUGGGGCACUCACGCGAUAUUUGCUCUUGCCCUAAAUAUCUGAUGCUGCUUGAGGACAAGGAAAACUGCGGCGCUUUGCCCGCUUGUGGUCCGGAUCACUUUACCUGUGCGGCGCCCGUGGCUGGAAAUAGUGAUAUGAACAAGGACUGCAUUCCAGCGUCUUGGCGCUGUGACGGCCAGAAGGACUGUCCUGACAAAUCCGAUGAGGUUGGUUGUCCCACUUGCCGUGCGGAUCAGUUCAGCUGCCAAUCUGGAGAGUGCAUUGACAAGGCCCUUGUUUGCGACGGCACUACAAACUGUGCUAAUGGCCAUGAUGAAGCCGACUGCUGCAAAAGACCGGGUGAAUUUCAGUGUCCCAUCAAUAAGCUAUGCAUCUCUGCUGCACUGCUUUGUGAUGGCUGGGAAAACUGCGCUGAUGGAGCGGAUGAGUCGGUGGACAUUUGUCUACAGCGCCGCAUGGCACCAGCUUCGGAUAAGCGCAUUUUCAUGAUAUUAAUCGGCGCCACGAUGAUAAUCAUAUUUUCCAUUGUUUAUCUGCUGCAAUUUUGUCGAACGCGCAUAGGCAAGAGCCGCACAGAACCUAAAGAUGACCAAGCCUCAGACCCCCUGUCGCCGUCGACGCUGACUAAAUCACAACGAGUUUCGAAAAUUGCCUCUGUAGCAGAUGCGGUUCGCAUGUCGACGCUUAAUUCGCGAAACAGUAUGAACUCUUACGAUCGUAAUCACAUAACUGGUGCCUCCAGUUCAACAACCAAUGGCAGCAGUAUGGUAGCCUAUCCAAUUAAUCCACCGCCUUCACCCGCAACGCGCUCGCGUCGUCCUUACAGGCACUACAAGAUCAUCAACCAACCGCCUCCUCCUACACCAUGCUCUACAGAUAUUUGCGACGAAUCGGACUCAAAUUAUACUAGCAAAUCAAAUAGCAACAACAGUAAUGGUGGCCCCACAAAAUUAACAUCUAGCUCGGCUGCCGCCUGUCUUCAGUUUGGCUAUGACAUUGAACCGUAUCCGCCGCCACCAACGCCACGCUCGCAUUAUCACAGCGAUGUGCGUAUUGUGCCGGAGUCGUCAUGUCCUCCGUCGCCGUCCUCACGCAGCUCUACGUACUUUUCACCGUUACCACCCCCACCAUCGCCUGUGCAGUCACCAAGUCGCGGAUUUACGUAACAUUAUUUGAAUAUAAACGAACAAGGCAGUGUAUCCUAGUUGCAUUGUAUGUAUUCCUAAAAAUUUUCUGACUGCAUUGUAUAUAUUUAUUUUUAUUUAAUGUGAAAAGGGCCUUAUAAUUAAUAAUUUUAACGUUAGUUUGGUUAUGGGCUUGAACCUAAAUGACCGACGUGUGUAAAUAGCAUAGCUAUAAUCUUCCUUAUUUGUAUUUCGAUCUCGUUAAGUCUUAUUUGCCGAACGACAUUUAUUUUUUUGUAAUAUAAAGUUUGUAAACAAUAGACUGCAAUCUUUUAAGUAAACUAAACAAAUUAAUGAAAUAGAUUAAAUGAAAAUAAUGCAAAAUACAAUAACCUAUAUUUUUACACGAUGCAAACACACAUUACUUAUUCCGCGUGCCAAAAUUUCUAAAAUACACAAAUAUACCUACAUAUAAUAUAAUUAAGAUACGCA